AUGGAGAGCAGGAGGGGAAGGAAUAGGAGCCAUGUAAAGAUGAUGGGUUGGAGAACCUGGAUGUGCUUCAAGCGAUCCUUCCUCCUCCCAACUAAGUGCUUUCUUCUCAAGCUUACUUCACGGUCAAGAAACAAAGCCAAAGAAAUUGCAGGAAAUGGGCAUGGAUUGGUGAAUCUGUACAAAGACAUGGAGUCUUGUGGUGAAUAUGAAGAUAUAAGAGUGAUGUGGGAGAUAAUUCACUCUUGUCCACAGAAAACAAACAGCAGUAAUAGUAGGAAGAGGUCUUCCUCUCAUUGGAGAUUCUGUCUUCAGCCUACUUGA